AAACAUUUCUCAAGGCAUCAUCAGUUACUUUCCAACCAAACCGUCGCAAUCACGUCUACCUUUAGAUUCUCUCAAAACAAGUUGACAAAAACAUCAAAAUGAUUAAGAUCGUGUGCUUAUUCGCUGUUCUUGCGGUCGCUUUGGCAGAUGUGAGGCCUGUUCCAUCUAGCGAUGUACCAAUUAAAUCGGAUGCACCAGUAAGCAACGAAAUGCUAGGACAAGAUGUCGCAACCGAUAUGGAUAAGGCGGAAACAUUCGGUUUUGGAUAUCACAAGCAUGUCUACGUUGUCCCUCAAUACUACGGUGGAUAUUACGGAGGCUACCACGGAGGAUAUGGUGGAUACCAUGGCGGAUACUACCCAUAUUACGCUCAUCAAUACGGCUAUCCUUACUAUUACUAAAGCAAUGGACAAAGAAUAAAAUUAUUUAUUGAAAACUUAU